AUCCAAACACUUCAUACUGCAACGGCUUGAUUUCUGAAACAAUGGCGAGAAAGCAAUUGCCUCCUGAGAGAAACAGAAACCCCAACAACAAUUCCAAGAGCCCUGCGAAAACCAAAGCCAAAACGAAGAAUUCUCCCAAAACCAGCGCCAAGAGCAGCAACAGAAAUCGAAGCAGAAUCACGGAAACCGCCAAUGGCGAUGCUUCCAGCGAGGAUACGGAAGUAACCGUCGUGCCUUCGUCGAGCGUGGAAUCGGAAAACGACGACGUCACGGGAUCCAGUGAGGGGGAGGACGACGGAGUAGAACGGAGGAGCUCGAGCGAGGAAGAGGAAGAGGAAGAAGAAGAGGAAGAGGAAGAACAGAAGCCGAAAAGCGUUAAUAGGAGAGGUAAAAAGGUUAGUGCGAAGAGUAAGGGGAAAAAGAGAAGUAGAAAGGGGGAAGACGAAUUGGAGGCGGAGGAGAAGAGCGUGAACGCGCUGUAUACGUUUCCAAAGAGUCGGAUCAGUCGGAUGGUCAGGAGCGAGAAUCCUGAUUGUAAAAUUUCGCAGGAGGCGCUGUUCGUCAUCGAUAGAGCUUCGGAGAAGUUUCUUCAAGUUUUCUGCAAGGAGGCAUAUGCUUGCGCAUUUCUUGAAAAGAAAAAACGGAUCGCUUACAACCAUUUGUCUUCAGUAGUUUCCAAGCGAAAGCGAUUUCAAUUUGUCUCCGGUACUUUUCUUCCUCUCAGUACUACUAAUCUCUCGAGUUUUGUGUGUCUUUAUCCAACUCUUUCAGCUCAUUCUUUCUUAAGAGUUCGCUCGCAUUCCCGUUUUUAUGCUCUUAGAUUUUGUUCCUGAGAUGGUGAAGGCUGAGGAUGCUUUACCACAAGUAGCAGAGGCUGAGAAAUAAUCUGGAUUGAUUCUACAUUUUCUGAGUGGCUUCAAGAAUUUCAAAAGAUCGCAUUGUGAUUACAUUUUUUCUUUCUUGCUUAGUUUUAUUCUUUUCCACCCUAUGUUGUUGUUACUAAUAUUGGAGAAAUGCAAGCUUCCUGAUAUGAAUCAUUCAUUUGUGUAGUGAUAUUCAUUCUAGUUUUUCUAAUUUCAUCAGCUUCAUUUAGUAAUUUGUAUCAGACACUCUCAUAACCCUGUGUUUUUUUUUCUCUAUGAGCAAAGCAGAAUAUAUAGUUGAGAUUCAA